AUUUUCCCCGUUCGUGAUCAGCGUGAGCCAAAUCGGCGCUACGCGGCCCCGCUGGACGCAGCGCUGCCGUGUGACAGCCAGCUCCGAAGCCGCCAGAACUGUGUAGUCUCACACGGCGCGUCAAACGACCGCGUGUGGCGCGUGCACAGCACCGUUCGCAUAGCCGACGUUUUAGCGCUAAAAGCGACGUCCGCCGACGCGCCGCGGCGAUUGAAGCAGCCGACGCGCGCCUAACGCAGCCGACGCGCACCGCGCACCACCGCGGACCCGCCACACGGAGAAACAGACAGAUGGCCGAAACGACCGUCAAAGUAGUAGUAAGAUGCCGCCCCCUCCUCCCGCACGAGACGGACAAGGACGUCAAGAACGUCUCGACCAUCGACGAGGACGGCGGCCGCAUCACAAUCAGUGGCCGCACGCACGACUACGGCAAUGAAAGUGUAGUAGGAGGAGGCGACCGCCACGCGACGAUGUACGACAGAACCGCAAAACCGUUGAUCGCCCAGCUCUUUGAUGGGUACAACGCGACCGUGCUUGCCUAUGGGCAGACGGGCAGUGGCAAGACGCAUACGAUGGGCACGGCCUUCGACGAGGCCGAGGUCGACGGCGUCGUGCCUAGAGCUGUCGCCGAGAUUAUUGACAGAAGACAGAAGUUGAUCAGUGAAGGCCGCGGCUGUUUAGUGGUGUGCUCGAUGUGCGAGGUCUACCAGGAGGAGGUCCGCGACCUGUUGAUGGAAUGCGACGAGGAGGAGGGCCCAAAAGCUCUAGCCGUGCGCGAGGCGCCGAACGGUGGGGGUGUGACGAUUGCCGGACUCAGUGAGCGAGAAGUUUCUUCGAUUGAGGCUGUGGUAGCAUUGACGAGGGAGGGUACUCGUAGACGGAUGACCGCCGCCACGAACAUGAACGAGCACUCGUCGCGAUCGCACAUGAUCCUGUCGUUCCGCGUGGAGGUCGCCGGUGGCGAGGGGCGAAGCAAGACGUCUUCUAAGUUACAUCUGGUCGACCUGGCCGGCAGCGAGCGCGUCAAGCGAACCCAAGCGGAGGGGACGCGCCUGCAGGAGGGCAUCGAGAUCAACAAAUCAUUGUUCAUGCUCGGGAACGUCAUUCAGCGACUUGUAGAACUCCAGUCGUCGGAGAAGCGGAAGGGUGGUCACGUACCUUAUAGGGAUUCAACAUUAACGAGACUACUCUCGGAUAGUCUGGGCGGCACGGCGCACACGUGCAUGGUCGCCUGCGUGAGUCCGGGCGACGUCGAUAUCAACGAGACUUUGAACACGCUGCGCUGGGCCGACAAGGCGUCGGUCGUGAAGAACGUGGCCGUGCGUCGCGCGGCGUCUUCCGGGGCCUUGAACGUGACGCGGUCGCGGCGAUGGCGUCGACGCGGCCGCGAGAGAGUCUACGCGUCGCGCGAGAGAGCCGCGGCCGUGUCGCGACGGCGUCGUUCCCGCGCAGGGCAUCCACGUCGUCGUGGACCCCAAGGCCGAAAGGCUGCAGAUCGCGGAGCGGGCCGAGUUGGAGUCGUUAAGGGAGAUGGUCCGCCUCCUCAAGUCCGAAGGAGGUGCUUCACACACCCCAGACGAGAUCCGCGUCCUGCAGAAGGCCCUGACGAAGGCCGAGAAGAAUCAUCGGAAGGACACAGCAUUGUUAAGGAAGACCAUCGACACGUUGCAGGCGAAGAACGACGCUUUGACCAAGCGAUGUGAUGUUUUACGCUUAGCCUUACCACCAGCAGCGGCGGAGGCCGCCGAAAGUCAAUUGCCGGUCGAUGAUGAUGUACAUAUCGCGUCGGAGCUUCCGGACGAUGACGAGGCGUCUUCCAGUGACGAAGAGGAGGACGACGACGACGAGACGGAACAAGAAAGAAAAUUGGCGGCACUGUUACUGGAAGAAAAGUGCAUGGACUCGCUGAAGCAGCACUACGAGCGGGCCAUCGAGAAGCUCGAGACGGAGGUCUGCGCUCUUGAGAGAGAAAGAGCUGAGUUACAAAGGAAGGCGUCGGCGUCGGAUAGUGAAGCCACUACGCGCAUCUUGCGGGAGAAGACUCGGAAGCUCGAACUGGCCAUGGAGCGCGUGAAGAGGGAACAGAAGCGGGCCCAGAGCGAGGUGGAUCGGUGCGGCGGGCUGAAGGAUCGCGCCGAGCACGACGCGCGGCGGUUGCGGGCGGAGGUCGAGGAAUCGCGACGGAAGCGCGGGGAAUUACAAAGAAGGUUACAACAGAGAGACGCGGACCACGCGAGAGCCGCGCGCGAGUGGAAGCGCGAGGCGAAGCGACUGAGGAGGGACAACGAGCGGGUGAGAGGCGAGAAGACAAAAUUAGUGCAGCGCUUCGCGCGGCAAGAACAGACCCAAGCUAGAGUGUUAGCUGAAACGAGAGGCGCUUUACGGAAGGCGAGGGCUGGUCUCGUAGGCGCCUCGCAGAAGGAGAAGCGCCACCGGUCUCCCAUAAGACAUAGAGGGAGGACCGUCCAGCGCGUCGUCGAGGACAACGCCGACGGCAUGCCCGACUGGCUCGAGGCCGAGGUCGAGAGAAGAGCGGCGCGCGUCUUGAACGGCGAGGCUAAAGCGUCGUCGGAUCCGCUGCUCUCGUUAACCGCUUCGUCGGACGAGUGCCGGACGUUGUUGAGACUGUUAGCUGAUGAGGCAGCUCGAGCAAGAGCUGCCGAAAGAGACGCUCGGUCGACAGUCUCCGAGCUGGACGCGAAGAACCGGGCCCAGCACAAGUCGUGGCUCGCCGAGGAACGGUCCAAGUUCAAAGCUCGACAAUCGGAGGAGACGUCGCGACGGUCGGAGACCCUGUCGGCGCUGAUGGCCGGCGUGUCGUCCCUAGCUGGUCUAUCCUGUUCGCAGACGCCGGCGGCGCCUGUUCCACGCAUAGUAGAUCACGACGACGACGACGUCCAGACGAAGGCCGUCGUCGACGGUGACGACGCGUCGUCGCUGGCUUUAAGGGAGUACGCUCGACGUCGAGCGAGACACAGAGCGUCAUUAUCCGGACUGCAGGAGGACAACAACGAGGAGGAGGACGAGCAGAUGGGCCAGUUGAUGCGGGCUGUUUCUGCGCUGCAGAAGCACGGCUUGGACACGGCUGAUAGCAACUUACUGCGGGAUCGAGUAGAAAGGACCUACGCCAAGCCCUGGCAGGUGAACGCGCGCAUCGACGACACGGUGAGCGUGCCGCCGCCGCCUCCGCCCCAGACCGAGGAGGAGACGACGCGACUCAAGGCCACCAAGAACUACGAGAAGCCCUGGCGCCACAUGGCGAAGCCUCCCCAACCUCCGGCCGAGUUCGAGGUUACUGGUACUGGGCUUGGGCCGCCGGUCGCCGUGAUUCAAGCGAGCGCGCCUGGCGGGCCGCCGUCGCCCGACGUCGUCCGGUCGACCUCUGAGAACGACGUGCCCAAGUCGCCCUGCAGAAGCUCGCUGGCGAAGGCGUUAGAUGUGGCGCUCAUGCCGCGGAAGGCGCUCGGCGACCUGUCGGCGCAGGGCCUCUAGAACCCUUUCAUAAGA